GGCAGGCCGGACAAGUCAAAAAAUCUGUCUACCUCUCCAUUUACCCAUCCCAUCCCACCACAUCCCCAUCCCAUCGCUCAACACAAGCAAAAAGAGCUCGCUAGCUGUGGGAGCAAAGGAGGAGCCAUGGCCCAAGCCAUCGUGGAGAGGGCAUGCGCGAAGCUCAGAUCCGCCAUAGGAGAUGAAGCUGCGGUUGGCUCCAACUUCACCGGUGACCUGCGUGAUAUGUUGGAGAGGCUGCAGGCUAUCCAGCCGCUGCUGGACGAAGCCGACAUGCAGCUGUUGUGGGAUAUAGAGGUGGGGGAAUCGCUGCAGUGUGUCUUGAGCGCCGCCUACAAGGCCAUAGACACUGUAGACGAGCUGCAGGACGCGAGAUCACAGGCUGCUACAACGAUGACAAGGAUGUUGCCCCGCCUCGCCAUCAUGAAGAAUGCCAUGGCCAUCCAGGUGCAGGAGACGAAAGAACUAGUGAUGCGGGCACAGCGGGAGUUCCCCGAAUCAUCAAGCACAUUGGCACGAGACACCGUGUUCCGGCUAAUUAUUAAGGAUGGAAAAUUUAGACCAGUUUUUGAGGAAGCAAUGGUUCUCGAAAGAGGAUCAGAUAAAGAGAGAACAAUAGCGGCUCUACUAUCUACUGAGCGCAACAUCAUGCAAGAGCACAUCACCAUUCUUCCCAUCUUUGGGCUUGCAGGCAGCGGCAAGACAACCUUGGCACAAAUGGUGUUUAACGAUAACCACUGCCUCCAAGGUUACCACUUCCGGGUAUGGGUUUAUGUGUCUCCCCAGUUCGACUUCCAUGCAAUAGGUAACUCCAUUAUUUGUCACGUGUUGGAAAGGGGACAAGAAGAGAUCAACCAUGCCUCUUCAGACGUGGAGGGGAUGGAGAGUAUAAUGAAGUGCCUUCACGAGCUACUUAAUGGUAAGAAGGUGCUCCUUGUUUUGGAUGACUUGUGGGAGGAGGAUCCCAUUCAGUUACACUUGUUGAAGUCCAUGUUAACUUUCUUGGGAGACAAGAUGGACGUGAUAGUAACCACAUGCAACCAAGCCAUCGCCAGGAAGAUUUGUACCGUUGAGCCUUACAGGCUAAAUCCGCUAAGUGAUGAAACAUGCUGGGAAAUAAUCAAGAAAUCAAUCCGUUUUGAAGCAGGAGAAGAAGACUUGGAGAAGAUUGGACGAAAGAUGGCAAGCAAGUGCUUGGGUGUGCCAUCAAUAGCUCGAGAAUAUGCAUGCAUGCUAGAUUCUUCCCGUGAUGCUAACAAAUGGAAAAAAAAUAUUAAACAGGGUUACGGUUAUAUGCUUUCAACUUUCACGCUAAGCUACAUGAGAAUGCCACCAGAUUUGAGGCUAUGCUUUGCUUAUUAUUGCCAAAUCUUCCCAAGCGGGCAGAGUAUAGUCAGAGAUGACCUGGUUCAUCACUGGAUCGCUCUCCACCCCACUGAGCCAUCUGAAAUAUUGUCUGCCACACAGAUAGCUGAGGAGCAUAUUGCCUGGCUUCAGGACAUGUCAUUCCUUCAAACUGCAGAGUUGGAACAUGCCAGUGGAACAGAGGAUAAGGGUGCAAUCUUGUUCACUAUGCACAAUGUGGUGCAUGACCACGUGACGAAGUUUGCGAAACCUGGAAAAAAGUACAGUAGCAAUCUAAGGGCAAUGAGUAGCAGAUAUAUGGAGCUUAGGGGUGACCUAUUUUCACGUCAUAAGGGGCUACGUGUCCUGGAACUAACGGGGAGCUCUGUGCUGAAGCUACCGAACUCCAUCUGGCAACUGAAGCACUUGGGGUGUCUUAAGAUAACAAAAUUCUCUGGACUAGUAACCUUGCCUGAGUCAUUGGGGGAUCUGAUAAAUCUGAUCCACAUUGAUUUAUCAGGCUGCUCCAGGCUACUAAACCUACCGGAGUCGUUUGGGAAGCUAAUCCGUUUAGUGCAUGCCAACUUGUCAGGCUGCUCUGGGCUUGCAACACUUCCUGAAUCAUUUGGUGAUCUCAUAAACUUGUCCCAUGUCAAUCUGUCACGCUGCCAUGGACUGGCAGAGCUUCCCAAACCUCUUGAGAAGCUCGGCAAACUGGUCCUGGAUUUAUCAUUCUGGUCUUGUUUUAAAGGCAUCGGGAAAAGCCUUGGUGGCCUCACCAGUCUUGAGCAUCUGAACUUGUCACGCCCUUGCUGUCAUCUUGCUCCACAACGGUCGCAUCUCCAAGGGCUAAAAGAUGGUUUGUGCAAGCUCACCAACCUCCGGUAUCUGAACUUGUCAAUGUGCUUGAGUCCUAUCUUUUACUACCAUCGGUCACAAGAGGACAGUCUCAAAUACCUUGGAGAGUGUAUCAGCAAUCUUUCCAGACUAGAGCAUCUGAACCUGUCUCAUAACACAUUUCUUUUUGGUCUUCCUGCGAGUCUAGGUGAGCUCAACAAGCUAAAAGUACUGAAUCUCUCAGGUUGUAUCAGACUCAAGAAGGUUGGUGAAAUGAAGUCUCUCAAGUUCAUAGAUCUGAGGAAGUGCCGGGGCCUAGAAGGUUUCAGCUUUGUGGUCCGCGUCGAUGAAGAUGCACCAUAUAGCAGCAACAUUGGCCAGCUGGAGGUUGUCAAUUGCCAAGAGCUCCAGAUAAGCUGCCUUGAAAAUGUCAGGUCUAUAGUGGAAGCACAUAGAAUCAAAAUGGUGGAGAAACAGAAGCUUGAAAAGUUGAAGCUUUCUUGGACUUUGGAGUCUCCCGGACGAGUGGAGGACAGUGCUUUGUUGGGGGAAUUAGUGCCACCACCUAAUCUGCAGUGCCUUGAGGUUAAUGGUUACACCGGCAAAUGUCUCCCAGAGUACUUUGGUAACCUCACCUCUCUCCAGGAACUCAAGAUCGUCCGGUGCAAGCAGCUCAACUCGUUGCCGGAUACAAUGCAGAAACUCACCAGCCUCAAGGAUCUGUGUAUUCUUGACUGUCCAGAAUUGGAGAAGUGGUGUCAGGUUGAGGAGAACAAGAAAAUGCUGGCGCACAUCUCCAACAAAAAUUAUGAGGAACCUGCUACUACUAGCAGGCAGGAGAUUGUGGAGGAUGACAGAUCGGGCGACGAGGGGGAGGCGGCGUAGGAAGACGCCACGGCGGCGAGGAAUUGUGCUUGCGAUGAAGAACAAAUUUCGGUGCAAAAUGGAAUGCCAUUUGAUUACCAGCUAUUCUUGCAACAUAUGUUGGCCUGCAGACUCUUUCAGGCAGCAAAAGAUGAUGAUUUGAUUUCAGACAACUUACUUUUCGCAUUCCUGUACAAUUUGAUCUUUUAGUCUGAGCUCUUGAGCGUACAUUAUAUGCUGUGUAAUACUCCAACGAAUCCUUAAAUAUUGCCACAUUUUUCGCCCAUUGUAAGUUCAUACUACUGGGCACGUACUGUUAAAUUCGGUUUUGUAAUAAUAUUUCAGUUCAGAACACACUGAUCUUCAGAACACACUG